GGGAUCACCUGACAAUAGCUAGCUAUUCUAUUACUGUUGGAGAAUGCUUGAAGGCUGCCGACGAGCUUGCCAAAAUCGGUAUCAAUGCUGAGGUUAUCAACCUUCGAUCUUUGCGACCUCUAGAUGAGGAGACACUCUUUAAUUCCGUUAAAAAAACUAAACAUCUUGUAACGGCUGAGACUGCCUGGCCAACUUGCAAUAUUGGAGCAGAAAUUUGUGCUAGGAUCAUGGAAAGUAAGUCUCCUAAUAUGACUUCCCCCGCCUCUUUAUAUUGCCAUUACUAA